AUGCUGGACGAGGACAACAAGCGCAGCAGCCGACCAACCGACUGCCUCGAAUGCCGCGUCACGGGCACGAUGACGUGUCUCGCGGUCGCCACGUACUCGUUCCACGAACUCGCCAAGACGCCGCCGGCGCAGGUCGGCCACCGCCGAUGGCUCUUCGCCUUUGGCUCGGCGUGGGUCGGCGCCGCGAUUGCCCGCGUCGUCUACUAG